CGAGUACCGGCCGCGCGCCUCUCCCGGAGCCGCGAGCGCCACCGCCCCCUGUGAGGAGGCACUGCCGGUCCCGGGCCGCGCUCCCUCCCUCUCCGGCGCCCUCCCCUCCGGGAAUCCGGGUUCCCUCAGGUGGUCGCGGCGACGGCGGCGGCCUCCUCAUGCCAGGCCGCGGGGGGAGGGGGCGGCCUGGCGGCAGUGGCGGGGGUGGCACGGGCCACCGAAAGCGGGGCCAUGGAGCCCAGGGAGUCGGGGAAGGCUCCUGUGACGUUUGACGACAUCACGGUGUACUUGCUUGAGGAGGAGUGGGUGCUGCUGAGUCAGCAACAGAAGGACAUCUGUGGUUCUGACAAGCUGGUGGCACCCCUGGGACCAACUAUUGCCAGCCCGGAGAUGUUCUAUAAAUUUGAGCGAGGGCCAGAGCCAUGGCUCGCCAGUGUCCAAGGUCAGAGGAGUCACUUGAGCCCCAACCCAGGAAAAACCAAGAUGGGCUUCAUGGAGGAAAUGGACAUGCAGCGCCCAUCCAGAGAAGCUGGACUCUACCUGCCUCCUCAGAAGGAAGCCUGUCUGUCCUACUUCAGCUCAGAGAGAGGCAGCCUCCAGGGAGACUAUGCAGGAAGAGGCAGCAAACCCUCCAAACCCCGAUCCAUCCAGAAGUCGUGGUUUGCGCAGUUCCCGUGGUUGGUCAUGAAUGAGGAGCAGACAGCUCUGUUUUGCUCUGCUUGCCGGGAAUACCCAUCUGUCAAGGACAAGCGGUCAAGAUUAAUAGAAGGUUAUACCGGACCAUUCAAGGUGGAGACUCUCAAAUACCAUGCCAAGAGCAAGGCCCACGUGUUCUGUGUCAAGGCCUUGGCGGCACGGGACCCCCUCUGGGCAGCCCGUUUCCAGAGCACCCAGGAGGUGUCUGGUGAUAUACUGGCCAGCCAGGGGCCCUUCUUCCCUGCAGAUUAUCCCGUAUUUUAUUCCCCAGGGCCUCUGGGAGCCUGUGAUAAUGUGGCCCAGCUCCUGCCCAGCUCGAGAGCUGCCCUGGGGGACCCUGGAGGGAAUGGAGGAAUUCCUGCAUUGUACCUGGACCGCAUCCCUGAUUUCAGGCAAACAGAAAUCAUUGAUGACAUCCACAGUUCCUCAGAUGAUAACAUUUUAUGUAAUGACUCUGCUGAACCCUGUGGCCAGGAUCCUUCUGAGGAGGGGCUGUUGGAGGAGCUCCCGGUGGUGUUUGAGGAUGUGGCAGUGUAUUUCACCCGGGAGGAGUGGGGCACGCUAGACAAGCGGCAGAAGGAGCUGUACAGAGACGUGAUGCGGAUGAACUAUGAGCUGUUGGCGUCCCUGGGGCCUGCUGCUGCCAAACCAGACCUGAUCUCAAAACUGGAGCGGAGAGCUGCACCCUGGAUCAGGGACCCACACAGGCCAAAGUGGGGGAAAGGCCAUCCUCCUUCAGGGAAAAAGAAGAUGGUGGCCGUUAGAGAGGCGCACACACAGGCCUUGGCUGUAGAGUCCACGUGGCUUCCAGUUCCUUCUGUGGAGACGUGUACUUCCUACUGCAGGCCCCGCCUUUGUGAGGCAGACGGACAGGCCAAAAUCAAGAGGACUUACAGACCCCGAUCAAUUCAGAGGUCGUGGUUUGGGCAGUUCCCAUGGUUAGUGAUGGACCCCAAAGAGACCAAGCUCUUCUGCUCAGCUUGCAGAGAAAGGCCUAGUCUCCAUGACAGUUCAUCCCGGCUGGUCCGCGGCUACACGGGCCCUUUCAAAGUGGAGACUUUAAAGUACCACGACGUCAGCAAAGCACACAAGCUCUGUGUAAACACCGUGGAAGUCAGGGAGGACGCCCCGCAGACUGCCGCAGUCCCCGAGAUCUCCAGUGACCUGAUGGCCAACAUGGAGCACUUUUUCCAUGCCGCCUACUCGAUCGCGUACCACUCGAGGCCCCUGAACGACUUUGAGAAGAUCCUGCAGCUCCUCCAGAGCACGGGGACCAUGAUUUUGGGAAAGUACCGAAACCGUACCGCCUGCACGCAGUUCAUCAAGUGCAUCUCCGAGACUCUGAAGAAGGAGAUCCUGGAGGACGUGCGCAACUCCCCGUGCCUGAGCGUGCUGCUGGACAGUGCCACGGACACCUCCGACCAGUCCUGCGUGGGCAUCUACCUGCGCUACUUGAAGGGGAUGGAGGUGAAGGAGUCUUACCUCACGCUGGCCCCCCUCCACAGUGAGACGGCCGAUGGAUACUUCGAGACCAUCAUCUCGGCCCUAGACGAGCUGGACAUCCCCUUCCGGAAGCCGGGCUGGGUGGUGGGCCUGGGAACCGACGGCUCUGCCCCGCUGCGCUGCGGGGGAGGCCUGGUGGAGAAGCUGCAGGAGAUCCUGCCCCGGCUGCUGCCGGUGCACUGUGUGGCCCACCGGCUCCCCCUGGCCGUGGUCGAUGCCUGCGGGGGCAUCGGCCUGGUCAAGAAGUGUGACCGGCACAUCCGAACCGUCUUCAAGUUCUACCAGUCCUCCAACAAGAGGCUGAAUGAACUGCAGGAGAGCGCGGCUCCCCUGGAGCAGGAAAUGGUCCGCCUGAAGGACCUGAAUGCGGUCAGGUGGGUGGCCAGCGAGAGGCGCACGCUGAACGCGCUCACCCUGAGCUGGCCCGCCCUGGCCAGGCACCUCCAGAGCGUGGCGGACGCGGGUGGGCAGGUUGGGCACAGGGCCCAAGGCAUGCUGAAGCUGAUGAAGGGCUUCCAUUUCCUCAAGUUCUGCCACUUCCUCUUGGACUUCCUGAGCCUCUACCGGCCUCUGUCCGAGGUGUGCCAGAAGGAGAUUGUGCUGAUCACCGAGGUGAACGCCACGCUGGGGCAGGCCUACGUGGCACUGGAGACCCUCCGUCACCGGGCAGGCCCCAAAGAGGAAGAGUUCAACGCCAGCUUCAGGGACGGGCGGCUCCACGGCAUCGUGCUGGAGAGGACUGAGAUGGCAGAACAGCGGUUCCAGGCAGACAGGGAGAGAGUGGUCCUGACGGGGAUCGAAUACCUCCAGCGGAGGUUCAACGCUGACCAUCCCCCGCAGCUCAGGAACAUGGAGGUGUUUGACACCAAGGCCUGGCCAAGCGGGAUGGCCCUGGCCAGUUUCGGGAAUGAUGACAUCCUGACCCUGGCCAGGUAUUUUGAGCUCUCGCUGCCCCCAGGAUACAGCAAGCAGGCGCUGCUGGAUGAGUGGCUGGGCCUGAAGGCCGCGGCCCAGAACCUGCCGUUCUCCAUGCUGUGCGAGCACGCGCUGGCCCGGCACCGCCGCUUCCCCCUGCUCAGCCGGCUCCUGGCCCUGGUGGUCUGUGUGCCCGUCUCCACCGCCUGCUGUGAGCGCGGAUUCAGUGCCAUGAACCGGAUCAGGACUGACGAGAGGACCAAGCUCUCCAACGAGGUGAUCAACAUGCUCAUGAUGACGGCCGUGAACGGUGUGGCGGUCUCAGAGUAUGACCCCCAGCCGGCCAUCCAGCACUGGUACCUGACCUCCUCAGGCCGGCGGUUCAGCCACGUCUACACCUGUGCCCCGGUGCCGCCCCGCUCUCACGCAAGGGCGGGGCUCAGGAAGAAGACUGGCGCGUUCUGCAGGGAGGAGCCCACUGCCCAGAAGCCUCCCGGCCUGUCCUGCAGGGAACCGAUGGAAGUCCUGACGGCCUGUGUCCCGGAACCUCCUGAGAGGCUCCUGUGUCCCCUCCUUGGCCAGGAGGCCCCAGGCUGUCCUGCCAAAGCGCUCCUGUAGUAGGAGCAGGAAUCUGAGGGGUUCACUCCUUGGAGCCCCCUGCUGCCCUGGCCCCGUGAUCGUGGUGACAGGCCCUGGGAUUCGAGGCUGCCCGAGUCUUCACUGGGUGGGACUCUAAGCACCAGGAGGUGGGCAGUGACAAGGCAGUUAAAGCCACACCCUGGGAGGCAGGGGGUUAGGAGGUGCACGGCCUGUUUCCCGGGGCCCUUCUCCAGGCCCAGGGGGACCUCACAGCACUUAUAUAUGCACAGAGGUUCUAUCUCAAGCUCACUUUCAAGGUGCUUCAGCACGUAAUCCCAUCAUGAAAUCCCCAGCUUCUGGUGGCAAGGAGACUUUUCCGAAGUGGGAAUGACAGCUGGGGGAAGGGGCUUGAAGCAGCUCUCCGGCCCCUGGGUAGUUGGGGAGCAUCCAGGGGACAGCCCACAACCUGAGGCACAAGGUGAGGGCAGAGGGUGAGCAGGACUGGGGCUGGCCUGGCUCUGGGCUCUGUCCCCCUGGCUCCACAGAAGCAGGGAAGCCUCAACCUCACAUGGGAGACCUGCCUCAGAGGCUGUCUCUGCCUCGUCGCAGGGCCUGCCUCUGCAAUGCAGCAGGCAGAACCCCUGCACCCUGAGCAGCCAACAGCUCCUGGACGGGAGGAGUGUCUCCCUGGAGGGGCCCGGCGCUUCCCACCAGUCCAGCCCCUGUGUCAUGCUGAGCCCUUGAUUUCUGCGGAGCAGAGCGUAAGGACGAGUUUGCACUUGGGGGGCUUGGGAUCCAGCCCCAGCUCUGCUUCAGGCAGUGGGUCAACCGUGAUGGCCCCCUCCCGUCUCCUGUGCCUUCGCGUCCCUCUCUGUGAAACGGCAGCAGAGAAGCCAAGUGCCUGUCAGUGCCCGGCCUCCACGGGACUGCUGGCUGACAGCUCCUAUGCGGGCAAAGACGGGCCUCAGGAGGCAGAGUGGACUUGGCUGUCAUCAGCUCUUGUCCCUGUCCCUUGCCACCGAUGUCCUUAUUGUGGGAGGAGGUGCCCUCAGCAUGAUGGUCUAGUCCAUUCUUCCCAGAGGUGCUCUGGGGACCAGCCUGGUAAUCAAUAGGGGUGUUGGUUUAAAUGUUUCAACACAGACCCACCUGAUCAGCUCCCCGGGCCUGUUUCCUGCAGGCCCACCAGGAACUUCAUGGGCUCACUGAAGCCUGAGGAGACCACCCCAGCGGCACAGAGGGUGUCCCACACAAUUCGGUUCCCCUUGCCUCUCCCCGUCUCCCUUUCCACCCGGAAGUAAGGCAUGUUUCCUUCCAGGGCAGCUGCCCUGGGGAGGCCUAGGCUGCUUGUCUGCCCGAGGACGAUAUGGUAUCUGCCUCCCGCCUUCCUUUCCACAGGUGGGAAACCAGGGGAGCUUGGAGGGAAGGCUUCGGCCUUUCUCUGUCUUUAGACAGGCAAGAAGCAGUUCUCCGUCCUGACUUGCUGCCGGGCCCCAAGUGGGGUCCCUGGCUGUGCUUCAGGCCCAAGCAGUCUGACCUCGAGCAGACCCUGGAAAGGUGCUGAGAGCCCCUGAGAUGUUGGUACCGAGUGUCUCAUGGGCAGAACCCAUGGUUCCCAGUGUUCCUGACUCUGCCUUACCACCAUCACUUUCCUGUUUUCUUCAGCUUUGAGCCAGGAGUUUUGUUCUCGCUUCCUGCCUUUUAACCUGUGGCGCUGUGUCCUGGGGGCUGAGCUGUACCGUGGGCCCUUGGAGCUCUGGCUGCGCCACUGUCCACACAGCCAAGAUGGAGCCCAGGCCUCCCGACCCAUUCACAUGGGGCUCUACAGGGAGUUGAGGAAUCCGUCCUUGGCCAGUUGCCUAGGGUAUGAAAUGGCCGGGUGGAAGAGAGAAGGGCCCUUUCAAGUGGGGCUUUUAUAGCUCCCACCUGACCUGUCGGGAUUCCCAUUGCGUGACGUUCCUGCAGCAUCCUCCCCGUGGCAGCUGCCGUCCUUUAAGACUUCUCAGAGCAAGAGAUUAGUCCUGCGAGCACCACUGUGCGUGAGCGCCACUGCACAAACCCCGCGUGCGGCGGAGGCCCGCCAGAGCUGCCCCUGCCCCUCCACACCUGUGCCCUGAGGAAGUCUCCAGUGCCAGCUGUGAGGAACUUGGGCCCCUUGGGCGGGGGGACUACUGAAAAUGCUGUUUAUCAUGGGAGGUUACACCGCCCAGUUCCUCAAGGAGCACAGCCGAGCUCUGGCUCCUCGCUGUUAGCUCAUGGAAGAGAGGACGCUGGCCAUUUUGCGGAGGACCCCAGGGCCGAAGCAUGGAGAGACCCCGCCCCCUCGCCUCUUGCCCAGGCUGGCCCCUGUGUUUUGUUUCAAGAGUCUGGCAGCCUUUCAGACCCCAGGGCCUGGAGACCCCACUGUUGGAGAGCCUGCCUACUUUUGCCUGGAGAAAACAAGCUGAACGGCGCUGGGUAUGGAAGGAGCGAGCUCUCUGCCUUUGGCCAGAGCCCUAGCCCUGCCUCCAACCUUGUUCCCCACCUGCAGUCUCCAUAGCGAUGCGGAGAGGGCUGACAAGCUCAGUGACCAGCGGUAUAACAGACAACGUGAGUUCAAUAGCCAUAGAGACCAGGCAGGAGGUGGGGCCGGCCCCCACCCUAGCUAGACGCAGAGGAGGUCAGCUCCUCCAGACCUUUUGCUUCCCUCAAACCCAGGUUCAGUUCCUAGGGUGCUAAGUACCUAAGGACCAGGUGAUGAUGGGCCUGUUCCCUCCAUCCAGGGGUCCGUCUGCCGAGGUCCACUUCUCUGGUUUCAUAGAUGUGCAAAACACAGUUUAAGAAAACCAUGUUCGAUUUUCAACUUGUGUGCUAUCCGAAUAAAGCAGAGCUUUUUCCCA